ACCUGAUUCAAAGCGAGUGAAAAGACAAAAUCAAAACUCGGGCGGAUGCAGCUUUCUAAUCGGCAACAGGCAAAAAGAAGAACAGAGCGAUGCAUAGACAACGGAGAUUACCUAUUGCAGCAGGGCAGCUCAAGCAAAGACGGAGACGACAGGAUUGAAUUCGAAGCGAACUGUCUCGCUUGUCUUUCUGAACCCUAACAAAAGCUGUCGUUACUCGUUACAGAUCUCUGCCUUCCCCGCCAGUCAAUCCACUGGAUUAGGUCAAGUCGGAAUAGCAGAAAACUGCUGAGAUGGCGACGGGCGAGACCAAUUAGCGCUCUCGUCUCAAGCAGGCGAAUAGGGGAUUGUGGAUCGAAGGAAGAGAUUGACGAAGGCUGCAACUGUUCCUUCUUCACUCUCUCGGCUCGGGAAAUAGAAAAUCUUUGGUUUCCUUUUCCCUCACGAGGAAGAAGAAAACAAGCAAACCAAUUAUAAUAAUGGUCAUCAUACUUGUGCUUACUUACAAAUCAAUCACAUAACUUUAAUUUUGAGAAAUUUGUAGCUGAUUUUAUUUCUACAGGCCGGUAGCGGCUUUAGGCCCAAUUUUAAUGGGCUUUUAGCGGCGUUAGACGAACAUGAGUUGACCCGACCGUAAGCGAAACUCUGCCGCCGUCUCUCUACCGCCGACGAUUCCCAUUGUUCAUUCGAUCUCUCUGUGUGUUCCCUCCGUUCGUCUUCAUCUUGUUCCUGAAUUUUCAAUCCUUCACUCAUGUCUCCGGGCAGAAAUUGGAGACCAUUCUUGCUGCCGAACAGAUUUAGGAUCUUCUGGAUGUUGAUUUGAAGCCCUACGAUCCGAUCAAUCAACACAUUUUGCCAUUUCAAGGGGCUGCGAUAAGUUGAGUCGCUUUUGAAACUAAACCGGAAGAUGGCCUACGAACUGACUGAGCAGCAAAGUGAGCAAUUUAAUCUACGAAUCCCAACUCUACUGUGCUCUUCUUGAAUUCCAUUUCGUCUUGAUUCCGGUUCGUGAAUGGUUGGUUCUAUUGCCGCAAUUUUCAUUAGGACUGCUGGAAAUUAUUAAGGGUGAUGCGCUUAAGUUAAUUCUGAUUGUAGCUAGUUCCUGGGUGUCUGUUACGAAAAGGGUUUACAUAGUUUGUUCUUGUGGUGGAAAAAUGCUGCUGCUUUCAUGGUUUAGCACCAUGCUUUAACCUUGUUAUGCCCAUUUGUUGAGCUGAAACGAGAUUGUGAUCUUCUGCAUAGUCCCCUUUACUUUGGCUACUUCAUGCAGUCUCCAUAAGGUUGCUGCAGCACCUGAGUGCACAUUAUUGUAAUUCUUUUAUUGAAUUUCAUUGGCAAAACUAGAAAGCAAUGAUCUUGGCAUGUUUUGCAAAAAGGGCCUUGAGCAGAAACUUAGGUCAGCUGGGUGUUCCAAUGUUCAUCAAUUGUUCCUGUUCUUUGUUGCUUCGUUAUUAGUUUCAUAUCUGCUUGAUUUGUGCUGCUUAAUUUACUCGUGGGGCUGUUCCUGCAGGAAUUGGAUUGGGUCUAAUUGGAUUUGGGAUCUUUUUUACAUUUCUCGAUGUGAUCCUGUUCUUUGACAGAGGGUUACUCGCCCUUGGAAAUGUAUGGCUGCUUCAUCUACUUGAAUCUAUUGACUUCUUUUGCUAGGGGGAUAUGUACCAUGUUUGAUUGACCCUUUUGAGUUUUGUAAUUAGAUUCUGUGGUUGACAGGGGUAGCUGUUUUGCUGGGCUGGUAUUCCACAUGGAAGCUCUUUACCAACAGAGAAAACUAUAAGGUAAUGGCAAAGGAGGAUGUUUAUCUAGUUUAUAAUGAAUGGCCUCGCACAAAACAUGUCGAAAUUUGGCAACUGCAUUUCUGUCACAAACUUUUGAAUUUCAUAGGAAGCCCACCUCAUAACUUAAAUGGCGCUUAUCAUACAUUGACGAACUGAGUUAACAUAUUGAAUGUACUUGUAGGGCUCUGUGUCAUUUCUUUUGGGACUGUUCUUCCUUUUUGUCCGUUGGCCAGUUGUCGGUAUAGUCUUGGAAAUUUAUGGGUGCUUUGCUCUGUUCGGGUCAGUAUCCGGCCUCUCCCCUGAUCCAAACUGUAUCACAUCAUGUUCUGUUGAGCCAAUAUCCGAUGUUCUCCGUCAUUUUAUCGCACUUCGGAACUCAAUAAUCCCGAUCUGAUUGUUACAAUUUGUUAUUUUCUAAUGCAGAGGCUUUUGGCCAUCGGUCAAGGUUGUCCUUUAUCAAAUACCAGUCAUUGGAUGGAUUAUACAAUAUCCAGUUCUGGUAAGUACUUCCAGUUCUAUCUCUUCUUCUUCUUCUUCUUCACCUCCUCCUUCUGCUUCUUUCUUAAGUAGUCAGUUUAUAAGCCUAGCCCCUUUUCAUCUUCCCUAAGUACUUGAAUUUCAUGCAUCUUAGACUUAUCAGAACACUAGACAUUGGACAUAUCGAAAUCUGAUACUGCUUGCUAAUCAGUGUUCUCUAUCCUUAAGCUAAAGCCUAAAUCUGCGGCUGAAAUACCUUUCAAACCGAGCCAUUAAUGUGCUUGCUUUCAAGUGCAACAUGAACUUUUGAAUGAUCAAUAAUACACUGCUGUCGUGGUGAUGGUUGCAACAGAUCUUUAAUCGUCUGACGAGUGGGUAGAGGGUGGAAGGUUCAGUUUGGUAACUGGCUUUAUUGCUUACCAAAUUCGGACUGGGAUGAAAUGCAUGCAAAGAUUUCACGUUGGACAAAACGAAGUUGCAACAGAACAGUCGUUCCCAGUACAUCAGCGAACGACCCGACUUGGCUGGCGACUCUUUUAAAAGGUUUCCACUCAUUCGUGUAAGUAUAAUGUCAUUUCUGGUACGUGUACUAUACUAUUUUAACAAGCACCAUUUUAACAAACACGUCUUUAUACUUCGACUUCUAAUAAAUUCAUCUUGACCAUUUACUCAUCUUCAGUCCUUUCUCUGGAAAAUUUGGUUCGAAUCCGCUACAUAUGAGAUCUCGUACUUGAUAAGUAUGUCAUUGAUGAUUCACAUGAUAUGUAUGCUGGAAAUUCAUGUCUCGUCUCAAAAUCCGACCCUCAUGCGUUAGAUCUACUCUCGUAACAUUCGUCUUUCGAGUAUAACCGGUUAGGGAUCGAUUAACACGACUUUUCAUUAAGCAUACGUGACAUGUGAGUCAUCAAUGAGAUAAGAGAGUCAUGCAUGGUAGGAUAUUGAUGUUUGGAGCCUUUUAACUGUUGUUGAGAAGGCAGUUCAGGGUGAAACGGCCAGGAUCUUCUUCUUGUUUGAAGAUUUUAACAGAGUUUAGCUAUACUAAUAGACCGAAAUCGUCACUAAUCCUAUACUCAGAAUCUUAGGAACAUGUGAUGAUCAGAACUAAAAAAAAAAGUUCAGCAACAUGUUGAUUAUCAAAAAGGGUUGUGUGAGAUCUUGGGGAAAAGGACAUGACCUUUGUUCCUAUACCAUAUUGUCAGUACCAAAGAUUCAGCUUUUCUUAUGUUCUUAGAAAAGCCUGUGACUAUAGAGCCAAGGUCCCUACUUCACUAUUUUGUGUAUUUCCAAACACAGUCAUCAAAAACAGAACUUUUGGAGACAACAUGAUCCAUCAAACCAACACAAACCCUAAUUCUGUUUCAAAUUUUUUUGGAAGAUGAGGUUUGGAUAGAGUGAAGGUAGAGAAGAAGCCAGUGAGGUAUGGUGAUAUCAUCAUCUGCAAGAAUUCAAUUGGAUUGGCUUGAAUUGAAGAGGAUCCUACCACUGCUGCUGUAUAGUUUAGCUGCAGGGGGCAUUCAUAGAUUGGAAGUAACGCCCAGCCCACACCAUUUAUUAUUUCCACAGCAGCAGACCAGUAUGUUGGGAUCUGUGUGUGUUAGCUAGCUCUCCUUCAAUUCUCCUACCUUAGUAGCUAGCUUACUAAUGGAGGGUAAACUCGUAUUUGAAUUCAUAUAUAAUCUAAUUAAAAAGGUUUUAUUUUCGUGACUAAGGAAAUCCGCUACAAGACUGUCGUCAAUCACAGAAAGCACGAGUGAGACGCGAGUAUUUUCAGUCUUGGAACGGAAGCAUAUGAGAUACGACGAGUGACUCGCUUCCUCGAUAAUGGUUAAGUAAUAAAAUCAUAUCGUGGAUGUUUGCAAUAUAUAGCGUCUAUGUAAGAGCAAAACAUAAUGACAGAUUACGAUAAUCCAGACUCUUGUAUUUGUUUUAGUUUUCAAUUUCACAUACAAGUCUGAUUUAUGCUUACCGACCACGCACAACGUGAUAUGUAUGAAAUGUGGAUUGACUUUGCUUCGAUUCAACCUCAAUCAUCUUCAUAGUUGGUACGAGUACAGAAAUGUCGAACGUAUAUCAAAAGCGAUAUAUAGAACAAUCGUUGGAGAUGUAGGUUGUCGCGACCUCCUCCAACCCCCCAAUGCACCCUGUUCAUACACAUAUUAAUGGCUUUUCGAGUUCCACCGCUCUUCCCCUUUCUUCUUCUUCUUCCUCUACCUAGCUCAUUAACUGACCACCAAGAACGUAUAAUUAAUUAUGUGCCUUUCUUUAUGGCAAUUAUAAAUGCUAGCGUACGCUCUUUUGUUUUCUUUUGGUGGUCACUUGUGUUGAAAAUUCCCCCUUUCUCUCUUUCACUUGUACACUUCCCCAAAACACAAUCUUGUAAAUAGCAGUAGUCUUUAUAUCCUUGUGUUAUUAAUGAAUGCCCUUUUGUUUAAUAAUCGUUGAUUCCCAAUUUGGGGAUCUGUUUUGGAGCUUAGAAGAGUUCGAUAAUGGUGUCUGUCAUCAGAAAACGAGACAAGUCGAGGGUUGGUUGGUAAAUCGGUGGGUUGGGAUUUGGUUUUCUUCUGUUGCUUCGUUCACGCCUGGAGUGGGCCGACGACGAGGGUGGAUUUGAGUGGAAAGUGGAAAUCUUCAAAAUCCACUUGCAUGGUGGUGAUAAGAAUCAAGUCACAUAUCAAAUCAAUGGUUUGUUUGGGUUGGGAUCGAUACGCCUGAUUCGUUUUGGUGACUGAAUUAUGGAGUAGAGGAGUUUGCAAUUGUAUGUCCCCCAUAUCGGGACUUGACAGAGCUUGUGGAUGCGAGUUUAAGAAUUGAUUCGGAUUAGCAGGUGACCAGUAGAAUAUUGAAUUUUUAUGUGUUUUUGGGUAGCGUCUAAGAUGUGGGGGGACAAAAUGACUAAAUGAGUAUCUCUCUAUUAUAAAGUCGGAUUUGCACAUUUUACAUCGUAUUCAAUGUUCUCACUUCUUAUUUGGAAACGAUCUAUGUAUGUUACUGUCCCCCAUAUCGAUUCCAGACAGUCGGGAGAGAGAUUGUAGAUGAGUUUAGAGUUAGCGGGUUUAAGAAACAAUCAGGAUCAUCAGGUGACCAUAGUAGAAUAUUGAAUUUCUAGGAGUUUUUUUUUUAGUAGUGUCUAAGAUGGGGGGAGCGGGGGGGACAAAAUGAGUAUCUCCCGAUCUUUAAGUCGGAUUUGCACAUUUACAUCGUAUUCAAUGUUCUCACUUCUCAUUUUGUAACGGUCUACGUACGAUUUUCAAUCUCGAACUAAGUAAACAUCAAUGAGGGGUUUUUUUUUUUUUUUUUUUUUUUGCAAAUCACAAAUCUGAGCGACUAAUUCGCAAGCUCACCGUGAGUAUCAGACGAAUCGGACCAUCGAGAUGAUAUACGUAUAUCUUUACACAUACCAUAUCCUACAACUAUAGCCAGCUAGUCUAAAGUCUCAACUCAUCAACUCCCAAACUUUCAAUUCUUGGUACUGUCCACCAAACACAAGAGAAAGAGUGGUUGAAUCCGUGCAAGAGAGUGUUAAUUACCUGUUCUCAACUUCCAAACUUAAAUUUUUGUUUUCACUGUCUAGUGUUCUUGAACCAGCUACUUGUUAUAGCUGCUGCCUAUCACAAUAAUUUCUAUCUUCUUCUUCUCUGUGGAACUCAUGAAAGGAGUUAUACCUCUUUGUCUUGAAAAAUUGAAUCCCAUCUCCCAGAAAAGCCAGAGAAAGGGCACAGAACUUCCCAGAAUUGGGGUUUUAUUUAAUUAUGUUUUCAUUUUACAACAACCAUAUUUAUUCUUGCUUAAUAUUUAUUUGUGUUUUUGUAGUUAUGGUGCUGGUGAUGGCACAUUUAUGAGUAGCCAUGCAGCUUACUGAUGAGCAAGAGAAAAAAAAAUUUGAAUGACUUGACCCAUAAUAAUAUCAUUAUUUAGAGUUAGCCAUAUUAGCAACUAUCUUCUAGUAAUUACCAAAUGCGAUUUUAUCGCGUGUAUACGGACAUUUCAAAUGUGAUUUUAACCUAUCGACUCACUCCGAUCUUAUUGUUAAUUAUUAUCAAAGGUUACCCCUUUGUGCCUGAGUUGAAAAGAAUAAAAUAAAACCCUUAUAAUAACAUUGAUUCAGCGCAGGCAAAAUCACCAUAAUACCUUCUUUCUUUUACAUAUUUGAAAUAAUAUUAUACAAACUAAACACUUUUUCUUUUUUUUACAGUCAAAUUAAACACAACACAUCAGUCAUCGUAGAACAAUAAAUAAAUGAAAGCAAAUUGGGGGGUUGAAUUGAAUUCAUGUGUAGGUCUGGGGUUUAAAUGAGCAACGUUAUAGCUAGCAGCAGCUGCUCUCCUCUUCUUCACAGAGAGAGCAGGAAGAAGAAAGAAACCCUUCAAAAUUAAAAACCCUAAAAGGAAAAAAAAAAAAAAAAAAGAGAGGGAGAGCAUUAAAUUGAUAUCUACUUGCCACCUUUAAUGUUUUGGGCUGCCCCCUCUUCCUUUAAUGCAUGCAGUUCCCUUCCCUUCCCAUCCAUGGAGUUAAGUUGCCUCUCAAUUUAAGGGCUUCCCCUCCCUUCACCCAUUUUUUUCCCUCCACACCUCUAAACCCUUCCUUCUUCUUCCUUCUACCUCUUCUUUUUAAGGGUCGGUUUCCCUUGUUGGGUUUUGGUUGGGUUUUCGAUGGAGUUCACGACGGAGCUGUCGUUGGCUCCCAGGAAUCAUUCGAGGAAGAGGAAGAUGACUUUCGACGAUUGUGAUCGUGAUCCUGAUCAUGUCGUCGAUCUUCAGAUUCUUGAUCGAGAAGUGAUGAAGAACAACAGGCAUCUGCCUUUGGAUUGGGAGCAAUGCCUCGACCUUCAUUCAGGGACGAUGUACUACUUCAACAGGAAGACGUCGAGAAAGAGUUGGAACUGGCCAAAGGACGCGUAUCGUGAUGAUGAAAAUGAUCUAAACAAUGGAAGUCUCGACUUGGAGCUCAACAUCUCAUCAUCAUCAUCAAACAAGUACUAUAACAACAAUAUUGUGAGUGAUCACCAUCACCAAAUUCCAGCUUCUUCACCAUCACCAUCAGAAGAAGGGAAUAUCAGUACUAGUGAUGACAAGGACAAUAACAACAUGGUGGCAUUGGCAUGUUUGAAUUGCCAUCUCCUUGUAAUACUCUCAAAGUCAUCUCCUUGUUGCCCCAAUUGCAAAUAUGUACACUCCCUCCCACCCACAAUAUUCCACCACAACUACCCACCUCAGCCCAAUGGGCAUACCAAGGUCCAGUUCCCUCCCAAGCCCAUUAGCACCUUGAGCCUGCUCAACUAGAUCCAUGAUCAAGAUUAUAUAUAAGUAUUAAGUAUUAACUAUGUGCAUCUUAAUAUAUAGGACUAUAUAUAUAUGAGUAUAUGUGUGAUAUUAAUUAGUAUAGAUAUGGUAUGGUAUGCCUCUUUUUGGGUCUUUCACUUCUAUGUAAUGAGGGUACCCUCACCCCAAAGCUAUGAUGUGAAAAGAGUUAAUUAAGGAAUUAAGCAGCUAGUAAUUAUGUAUCUAAGCAAUGAAAAAGUCUUUGCUUUCUUUGUGCAUAGCUAGCUAUAUGCAAAAUCUGCUUCCUUUGGCUAAUGUAUUAGUUCUUUCCCUCCAUUUUUUCUUGAUAUAAUUGAGUGUUGUAAAAGGGUAAAUAUCUUAAAAUCAUUUGCAACUCUGACCUACGUAGGAUCAGGGUUUGAACCGAAAUCACCCAAACUCCAAAUCGCAACUGAAUGGUUACAAAUCGGUAAAACUAUCUGAAUGAUGUGCUGAUGGUGAAACAAACAGUCGGCUCGACACAACAACAGUUGGACAUAAGGUAAUAAUAUGUUGAUGAUGUGGUACAUAUACACACGCGCGCGUGAUGGACCUCCUUCGGCCACAACAUUAAUCUGGUUACCUUACAUCCGACCAGGGGGGAAACAUACAGACUGUCAUGUAUCGCCCAAAAAUUUACUAACAUUUCGUAUUUGUCGUGUUCAUACAUAAUAGUAAAACGAAUUUCAUACAACUACCUCGAUUAGAUUCUCGAUCUGGUAUGUAAACAACAUCGAUAUACAACAGAAUGAAAGAUAUUUAUAAGA